UCCGUUAACCAUUAGUUUAUUAUAGCAUAUUAAUUUUUCUAAUAUGCGAAUUACAUACGUACCACAACGUGUAUCACGAAGACCAUAUCCCGCUGGACAGCUGGAAAACAAACCAAUAUUGCUGGAUCUUCCGAUGGAUAUGUUUGCAUCGGUCUUUCCUCUCUUUCGUCUUCCGAACGAGAACUUUUCAACGACAGAUUUUUACAACCGAGAUAUGUUGAGAAUUUUUUCACCAAUAUUUUUCACAUACUUGACUUCGGGAGCAAGACGGCGUUAAGACCGAUAUCGCCACCAAUUGCGAUCCUUGCCACAUAAGUCGCAAUGUAAAAUACGAUGAAAAGGAUAAUUUGCAUAGCGUCAUAUCACGAGCAUUCUUAGAGGCGGUCCUUCGCUCACGAUUCACGCGCACCGUCACCGUUAAUUCGCAUGAAUCUUCCAUGGAGCAUCGCACGAUGCGACACGAUCUCUCUAUUCUGGAGCAUGUUUGAAAAUAAAAAAGAAACUUGUCUCUCAAGUAACUCUCAAAAAUCAUUUUCAUCAUUCUAAACGAUAAGGACAGUUUGAGAGAAGAAACUGAUUUCUUAAAUAUAGCAAAAUGAAGACACUACUCAAAAUAUUAUAUUCGCUCUGCUGGAGUAACGCAUACUUGAUAAUGGGUAUAUGUAUGGGCCUAAGUUUCAGUCUCCUGUUGAUACCAAUUGAAAUUGACAGACAGCACGACGUAGCGGAAUCUUUUGAUCAUUCCUUGAAUACCUUGGAGGAUAUAGAUCCCUAUGAGCCGAGAAUAAAUACCGACAGCAAACCACAGCAAGUACAGAAGGCGAGGAAAGCAUUUGUGCGUCCUAGAUACUAUUCCACAGAGCUCGGGAUCAGGGAGAAAUUGUUUGUUGGGAUUAUAACGAGUCGCGAGCAUCUGCACAGCAGGGACGUUGCAUUGAACAAGACAAUCGCUCAUAUCGUAGAUAAAAUUCGCUACUUUAUCUCUAUACCAGAAGGGACCAAGCCAAAUGUUUCUUUUCCUGGAAUAGUGGGGUUUACGGACACGAGGAGUAUCUUGAAACCUUUCCAUGCCAUGAAAUACAUCGUCGAUAACUAUUUGGAAAGCUAUGAUUAUUACUUUCUAACUAAGGAUGUAAGUUACGUAAAUGCGAGAGGUCUAAUGGAGUUUGUGAAUAAAAUAAGUGUGAGUCAAAAUGUUCACGUAGGUGUUCAAAGUGAAAUUGAUACCUAUUGUACUCUUGACUCUGGUAUACUUCUGAGCAAUUCUGUCAUACGAGAAAUGAAAAAUAAUCUGGAUUGGUGUGUCAGGAAUGCAUAUUCGGAUUCAGAUGACGUUAAUUUUGGCCGUUGCAUUCUCCAUUCCACUUCUAUGCCCUGUGUCAAUCAAAUACAGGGACGAAACUUUACAUUUACACGGUUGAGAUCCACGUUUAAUUUUAACAAGAAUUUCGCCCGGUUAACUGAGCAAAAGAAUUUCGAGAAUUUGCUUUCCAUUUAUCCUAUUUACGAUCACAUGCUCAUUUAUAAAUUUAACAUGUAUUUUGCCGCAAUAAACUCCGUUAAAGUUCAUAAACAGAUUACUGAUAUACGCAAGAUGAUAUCUGCGACUGCACACUUGGGCCCACCGAAUCUACGUAAUGUAUCAUGGCCUAUUGGAAACCAGCCUGGAAACAGACCUCUAGGACGUUUUGACGUUUUACGCUGGUCAUAUUUCAAUGUGUCUCACGUUUUCUUUGAGACAGAUUUUAUUAACAUUCAGGAAUUAAAAGGCGAUACAAAAUCUGACAUAGAUUACGUGAUAAAUACAGCUGUGAACAAUAUUAUAAACAAAUACGAUAACAAAUUAAGUUUUGUCAGACUGCUGAAUGGUUACCUAAAAUUCGACGCGUCCAGAGGGAUGGAUUAUAUACUCGACUUGAUAUUCAGCGAAGUAGCAACGGGCAAGGAAAUAAGGAAACGAAUCGAGAUCUGUAAGCCGCUGGGAAAAGUAGAAAUUAUACCCGUUCCGUAUGUGACUGAAAAUACGAGAAUUAAUAUAAUUAUCACUAUCGAUCUGAGCAAGAAGCAGGAAGCAUUAAAUUUUAUCGAACACUACGCGCUUUCCUGUAUGGAAAAGAAAUGCAAAACCUUCCUCAUGGUGGUUCUCUUAUAUAAUUCAGAUUCACCGUCAAAAGGCAGAGGCGACGUUUAUCAUGAAGUAAAAACAUAUAUAUCAAUGCUGAACGAGAAAUAUAAAAAGGAUCAAUCCAAAAUUACUUGGCUUUCAAUACGAUUGCCACCCAAUGUAACUUCCAUAGAUUUCGAUCCGAUGUUAAAGAUUGCCGUGACCGACUUGUGCGCGAAGAAAUUCUCGUCGGAAAGUCUGGUUCUUCUCGUAGAGACAGGAACGAAAUUAAAAAUGGAUUACUUAAACAGAAUUCGAAUGAAUACCAUCAGUCGCUAUCAGAUAUUCAGUCCGAUUCCGUUUAUCGAAUUUCAUCCUGAUAUAAUUUAUGCAAAUGAAGCGGCUCAUGACGAAGUCGACAUUAAUAGCAAUUAUGGAAAAUAUGAUGAGCAGAACUACAAUAAUAUCGCAUUUUACAUUAAAGAUUAUAACGCAAUGCGGCAAACAGUUGAGACGAACAUUCCAUUAGUGCGAUCGGAUAAGGACAUAGUUACUCUCCUGAAACUUUCCAAACACAGCCCUGUAACUUCUCUAUUUGAAAUGUACGUGUCAUUCAGCGAUAUGCAUAUAUUUCGUGCGGUAGAACCGACGCUAAAGGUAAAAUACAAAGAUGUCAGCUGCGACGAUACUUCCAAUGACAGUAUAUAUAAAAGUUGCCUUAAAUUGAGGAACAGCCACUUAGGUAAACGUAGUCAAUUGGCUAGACUGAUAUUAGAUUAUCAGAGCUAUCAAACAUAA